ACCGAGGGCGCUUUCUCCUGUCAUACCUGUUCGCUCUCGCAUAAGAGCUGCUCCCUGGAGCCGGAAGCUGCUGCACCUGAGCACGGCUUGAACUGCGGUCGGGAUCCUGCAUCCCGGCCCAGCGAGCGGGCGCGAUGCGGCUGGGCUCCGGGACCUUCGCUGCCUGUUGCGUAGCGAUCGAGGUGCUCGGGACCGCGGUCUUCCUUCGGGGAUUCUUCCCGGCUCCGGUUCGUUCUUCUGCCAGGACCGAGCACAAAGAGCCCCCAGCGCCCGAACCCUCGGCUGGAGCCAGUUCCAACUGGACCAAGCUCCCACCACCUCUCUUCAGUAAAGUUGUUAUUGUGUUGAUAGAUGCCUUGAGGGAUGAUUUUGUGUUUGGGGCCAAGGGUGUGAAAUUUAUGCCCUACACAACCUAUCUCGUGGAAAAAGGAGCAGCUCACAGUUUCGUUGCUGAAGCAAAGCCACCUACAGUUACUAUGCCUCGAAUCAAGGCGUUGAUGACUGGGAGCCUCCCUGGCUUUGUCGAUGUCGUCAGGAACCUCAAUUCUCCUGCACUGCUGGAAGACAAUGUGAUAAAACAAGCAAAAGCAGCCGGGAAAAGAAUAAUCUUCUAUGGAGAUGAAACAUGGGUUAAAUUAUUCCCAAAGCACUUUGUGGAAUAUGAUGGAACAACCUCAUUUUUUGUAUCAGAUUACACAGAGGUGGAUAAUAAUGUCACAAGGCAUUUGGAUAAAGUCUUAAAAAGAGGAGAUUGGGACAUACUCAUCCUCCACUACCUAGGGCUGGACCAUAUCGGCCACAUUUCCGGGCCCUACAGCCCCCUGAUUGGGCGCAAGCUCAGUGAGAUGGACAGUGUGCUGAUGAAGAUUCACACCGCGCUGCUAUCGAAGGAGAGAGAGUCUUCUUUACCCAAUUUGCUGGUCCUUUGUGGUGAUCAUGGCAUGUCUGAAACAGGAAGUCACGGGGCUUCUUCCACAGAGGAAGUGAACACACCUCUGGUUUUAAUCAGCACUGCAUUUGAAAGAAGACCUGGUGAUACCCGACUUCCGAAGCACGUCCAACAGACUGAUUUGGCUGCCACAUUAGCAAUAGGACUUGGUUUGCCAAUUCCAAAAGACAGCGUAGGAAGUUUCUUAUUUCCAAUCGUGGAAGGAAAAUCCAUGAGAGAACAACUGAGAUUUUUACAUUUAAAUACAGUGCAGCUAAGCAAAUUGUUGCAAGAAAAUGUACCAUCGUAUGCAAAAGAUCCUGGAUUUGAGCAGUUUAAAAUGUCAGAAAAGUUGCACGGGAACUGGAUCAAACUAUACUUGGAGGAAAAUCAUUCAGAAGUCCUUUUCAACCUGGGGACCAAGGUUCUCAGGCAGUACCUGGAUGCGAUGAAGAUUCUGAGCCUAUCCCUGAGCACACAAGUGGCCCAGUACGACCUCUACUCGAUGGUGGUGGGGACUGUCAUGGUUGUGGAGGUUCUUACCCUGCUCCUACUCAGCAUCCCACAGGCUCUGUGUAGAAAGGCCCAGCUGGAAGUGCCCCUGUCAUCUCCUGUGUUUUCUCUGCUCUUUUACUUGAUGUUCCUGGUCCUUUCAGCUGUUCAUGUCAUUGUGUGUACCUCGGCCGAGAGCUCCUGCUACUUCUGCAGCCUCUCGUGGCUGGCCGCAGGUGCAGUGAUGUUGCUGAUCUCUGCGCUGCUCUGCGCGAUUGUGUCCGCGCUAACCAAGGUGUUCAUGGAUGGAAGUUUCCUGAGUAAGAGUCCAGCUCACCCCGACUCAAGGUGGUCAGAAUUAGAUCUUCUCAUUUUGUUUGGGACGCUGGGCCACGUCGUGAGUCUGGGUGCCAGCAGCUUUGUGGAGGAGGAGCACCAGACCUGGUACUUCCUGGUUAACACCUUGUGUCUAGCUCUGAGUCAAGAAAUCUACAGAAGCUACUUCCUGGGAGACAGCUGUGAGCCCCAGUGUCACUUCCCCAUGGACCAAGGGUUUGACAGUCUUGCACCAGCAUUGCAGGACAGGACAGGCGGGGGUGUGUCCGAGCAUGACAAAGUACAUGAAGGCCCCUCUCCCUUCGAGCUACUCAGAGGCCACGAGCGGUGGAUGGUGCUGGCAAGCCCGUGGCUGAUACUGACCUGCUGCCGGCUGCUGCGCUCACUGAACCAGACGGGUGUGCAGUGGGCCCACCGGCCAGACCUUGGCCACUGGCUCACCAGCUCUGAUCACAAAGCGGAGCUCUCAAUCCUGGCUGCCCUUUCCCUCCUCAUAAUUUUCGUGCUAGUCCAGAGGGGCUGUUCCUCUGUGUCCAAGGCAGCCCUGGCACUCGGACUACUGGGCGUCUACUGCUACAGGGCGGCCAUUGGAAAUGUCCUGUUCCCGUGGCAGCAAGGCAACCGAGACAUCUCCAAGGGUAUUAUUGAAGCUCGUUUUGUUUAUGUCUUUGUCCUUGGCAUUCUGUUUACGGGCACCAAAGACUUACUUAAAUCUCAAGUCCUUGCUGCAGACCGCAAAACCAAGACUGUAGGUUUAUGGGAGAUAUAUAGUGGAUUAGUUCUUCUGGCAGCAUUGCUCUUUAGACCACACAAUCUUCCAGUCUUAGCAUUUAGUCUUUUGAUUCAGACCAUAAUGACUAAAUUCAUCUGGAAGCCCCUGAAACACGAUGCUGCUGAGAUUACUGUAAUGCAUUAUUGGUUCGGUCAAGCAUUCUUCUAUUUUCAGGGCAACUCCAACAACAUCGCCACCGUGGACAUCUCAGCAGGCUUCGUGGGCCUAGACACCUACGUGGAAAUCCCUGCCAUGUUUCUGACGGCGUUUGGGACGUACGCGGGGCCCGUGCUGUGGGCCAGCCACUUGGUGCACUUCCUGAGCUCCCAGACCAGCAGGAGGGGGACUGCAGUCUUGGUGCCCAUGGCCAUUUAUGCACGGAAGCUUUUUGUUCCAACACCUUUUACCUGGUGUUGCCACAACUCAGGUGUGACAAGGUAACACCUUGGGGGUCUAACUCCCUGUGGGGUCCCCUGCCCAGGAACCAUAGUCUGGGGUGGGGAGAGGAAGCAGUGAAACCAAAUGAAGGAAUUGGGGUACCCUCGGGGAUAGGGCACAAGAUCUGUACCAUCAGAGCAUGGCAUGUGCCCGGAGGGGAGGGGAGAUGGGCAGCUGGGGAGCCUAACAAGGAGGGGCCACUCCAAGGCCCAAGGUAAGGACCCAGUGAGGGCCUGAGGUGAGGCCAUGCCGACGGGAAUCCGCUUGGCCACCCACCAGAGCAGCUGCGAUGGUAGCGUGAGGGCUGGGCACCUGGGAUAACUGUCCUUCAGCCCCCGAAUGGUGUCCUUUGCUGGACUAAAGCUGCAGAUUUCGUAGGGCCCCCUAAAGUGGCACCUGGCGUAGAUGCCUGGGGAGCAGGACUGAGGAGACCACAGAACACACAUGUGCAGGUGCGUGCCCAUGCACACGCACACACUGCUCUGCCUCUGGGCCGAUGCCGGAGCACCUCACCACUUACCCCCGCAUCCAGGCCUUCAAGCGCAGGCACGUGUGACCCACAGGAGCCAGCGUUCCCAUGGAAGUGCUUGCACACUGCCCACGCUGAGCUCCUGGAGACAAACCCUUUUGUAUCCGUAGUCCCCAUGUACCGCGGUGCUCCCUAGAGCACACGCACACUGAAGGUCGCCCCGUGAGCGAUGGAGGCCGUGCACUAGGAAGGCCAGGCAGCAUCUUGCGGGACGAGGAAACCAUAGGCAGGACGACCUAGGGACUCGUCGCAGUGUCCAAGGUGAGGAGACACGACAAGAACUCGGGUUAGGAUCCUGGAAACCCUGACUUUCAAGGAUUUGCAGGGUGCCCAUGGGCCUUUUCAGGCAGGACUCGUGACUGAUCAGAGGUCAUGUAUGAGGCGUGGCAGACACCAGGACAAGGGAACUUGGAUUUUAAAAUUAUCACAGACUUGCAGGACAUUGCAUUAGAGUAUGUUCGAUUUAUAUAAUGAUUGUGUUGUUGGCUGGAAAACAAAGGGAAGAUACCAACAUGCUUUGAGGGAUAGUUAUACAAAAUUUGGGGGUUCAUUUAGUCAUGAAGCUGCUGCCGCCAUCUGCAGCUAUUGUUCCCAUGGCCCCGUGGUGACUAUUAGAAACACAGACCCUCAUCUACCUCAGAGUGACAUUGCUAGCAGCCAUUCUAGGUCAUUUUUAUGUGCAAUCAAGCUUCAGAAGCAUUUCUAGAGAGCUCGAGAUGUAUGUAUGGAAAGAAGCAACCCUCACCCAUCACUCAGAAGAGUAUUUUUCCUCAUAGAAUUGAACAAUUCCUGGCAUGUUACAUAUUUAUCUGGUUUUCCUGCCUCCGUCCCAGAAUGUAGGCCCCCCUGGGGGGAGGGGAUGUUGUCCCUCUCUAGGGCC